AUGCUUCUACAACUUCUUCGGGCGGGUAUUAAUAGAUCAGUAACACAGCAGGGACGUGGGCUUUUAAACUCCACCAUGGGGCUUUCUCAUCCAUUCUUGACUCGAGGUUUUAAGGUCCGAACGGCUAUCAAGAAAUUUUGCAGCGAUUGCUACAUGGUGAGACGUAAGGGGAGAGUUUACGUUUACUGUAAAUCUAACAAAAAGCAUAAGCAACGCCAAGGUUGA